CUAAAACCAUUUUGAAGGCAGAAAAGAGUUUUAAAGUAUAUUAACUAUAGCUAGUGAAAUUUAAUAUGCUUAUAUUUGUGUGGGGAGGGAGGCUCUGUACGUGCGCAUGAGGGAGGACAAUUAUACAAGGCCUACAUAUAUGUUCCUCACAAAAUUUAGCAGCUUCGGAAUUAAGCCAAGCACAUCCUUUGAUUUGCGUAUUUUCUGGCUUUUGCCGGCGAAGCAUUUACACAGGAGAAGAAUGAGGGAUGCAGAGCACUUUCUGGGAUGAGAAGGAAGGUUUGAGCAAGAGCGCACCGGGGCGGACGCACAUUUAUACAUAGAUGGCUGCCCUCGUCUGGAAUUAAACAUCUGGAAUUUAACAAAGAAGGAUUGCUUUGCAUAACACCAAGCACCGGCACAUCUCUCGGGACCGUCCCGGCGUAGCCUCUUCCUCCUCCCGUAAGACUCUCCAAUAAGACAAGCACUCCAUUAGCCCCUCCGCUGUCCGCUCCUUCCUUCCUCCUCGCCUGCCUCGAUCUCUGGAGGGAGCGGCCAUGCCGCCUGACUAACUCACUUUAAUUCACUGCUUCGCUCAGCUCAGCACAGAGGCGCGCUUGAUCUCAGCGGCGCUCCCAGCCCCGCCGAGCCGGGCGCUUGCCAGACUGCAGAAGCCGCCGCCCGCUGCCCAGCCAGGGGCAAGGAGCUCCCGCCCCCAGCCGCAGCUCGUGCGGCUGGACCCCCCGGUCGGGGGAGCGGUUUCCCGCUCUUCAUCCGAGGCUGGCAAGAGCCAGAGAAGGGUGGAGGCCAGGCUGGAGGGCAGCCGAGCGGAGUCGAAGUCCUGCUCUUCUCAGGCACCUCGAGGACUUUUGCGUGCGUGCGUGUGUGUGUGGUUGUGCGCGGGUGCCGCUUUUUCACAGUUCUCAGCCCCGCCCCUCCCCUAACGCUCCGCGCUCGUGGGUGGGGGGACUGCAAAACCCGUGGGCCACCGCCGCUUGUGAAAAUCGCUCUUGACCUUCGCUUCCCGCGGGAAGGAGAGGCUGCUUGCCCGGGUUGCCUCGCGAGGGAUGGUGCUGCUGGGCUACGGGCCAACGGCUGCUCGUCACCUAUACCGGAGAGGAGGCAUCUGCGGGGAGAAGCGGCCAACCGAGCGGCGCAGAGCGCUCCCGGCAUCGGUCUACAGUAGGGUAAAACAGCCGGAAGGGAGCCCCCUGGAGCGGCGGGAAGGAACCGGCGUGGGGGAGCUCGAAGAGCCAGGCAGUCGGGACGCUGAGGGCGCGUGGAGGCGGUGCGGAGGGAGAAUUCGGAUUUGACCGUAGCGAUUAGCACGCGGGGGGGGGGGGGGCUCCCUUGCAAGAGUCAGCCUGAGUAGCUCCGGGCGUGGAAGGCAGGACGGGCGUCGGUGCGGCUGCCCCUCCUGGACUGGGAGCUGUUCACCAGGCUGAAAUCCACGCGCAGAACUUGCUGAGCAUUCAUUGGCUGCCAAGGACGGCCUCGCUCUACCGGGGAUCUCGCUCUUUUCGUAACUCAGUUGAUUAACUGACUGGAUCGCUUCAAGAUCCCUCCGUCUUUCGCCACUAAACCAUCCCUGUUGUGAGCCGGAGAAAAGUCCCGGGGCUUUCAAGACCACCACUAGAUGUCCAUGGAUGUGAGCCGUAUAGAAGAAAUUCUUCUCGUAUAUGCCCAACAAACAGACCUCAGAAAGUGAGACCCUCUGCACCUAACACCCAGAAUGGUUCCUCCCCCUCCUAUUAACAAACCCCAUGUCUGCCUAUCCACUACACUCAUCAUGAGCAGCAUGGUGCUGAUGGAUGCUUAUCUGGUGGAACAGAACCAGGGUUCGAGGAAAUUGGCUAUUUGCAUCAUGGUCUCAGUUGGAGACAUCUGCUUCCUGCUGGUGCUCAGGUAUGUCGCUGUUUGGGUUGGGGCUGAAGUGAGGACUGCUAAGCGAGGCUAUGCCAUGAUCCUUUGGUUCCUGUAUGUCUUCGUGCUGGAAAUCAAAGUCUACUUCAUUUAUCAGAACUAUAAGGCUGACAGGAAAAGUUUGGAUCUCAUGGCCCGCAAAGCAUUGACCCUUCUGCUGUCAAUCUGCAUCCCAGCCCUCUAUGUGCUUUUGGUGGCUACAGAGCAUAUGGAGUACGUCAGGACGUUCAAGAAAAAGGAGGAUCUUCGUAAUCGUCUCUUCUGGGUCAUUGUCGACAUGCUGGAUGUGCUGGACAUUCAGGCCAAUCUCUGGGAGCCUCAGAAGAAAGGGUUACCUAUCUGGGCCGAAGGCCUGAUGUUCUUCUACUGUUACAUCCUCCUCUUGAUUCUGCCUUGUGUGUCGCUGUGUGAAAUUAGUAUGCAAGGAAUCAGCAUCGUGCCGCACCGGAUGAUGCUGUACCCAAUUCUGAGCAUGCUUACAAUCAAUAUCACCACAAUCUUCAUCAGGGGAAGUAAUAUGUUAUUCUUUCGGGACAUUCGUGUCUCUGGUAUCUUCAUGGGGAAGAACGUGCUGGCCAUUGUUCUUAAGGUCUGCAUGUUUGUGCAGUACAAGAAACAUUUGUAUCACGCAGCAGCAGGACAUGGCACAGUAGACCCACAACAUAAUAUUUCUUCCCAACCACAGCCUGUCAUGCAUCUACUAAAGCCCCAGAACCAGACUUCCUGCCCUGAAGAAUUGGCCCAGGAAAAUACAUGACAUGCUGUGCAUCCACAUGCCUUGUGGCAAGGAACAUCUUAUGUCUAUGAUCAUUAAGAUCAAAAGCAAAGAGGAACCAAAUGUAUCAGGCCCCACCAAGCCAGUGCUGGUCCAUCUUGAAAGUUUAUCAGUGAGUGCUCCCUCCCCUUCCUUUCUUACACAGAUGUACUGCUAACAGUGACCUCAGCUGAAAUAAGGUCAUUUCAGGAAUGAUCCAGAACAAAACCCAGCCCUACUGCCAAGGAGCAAGCUAGCAAGAAACUGAUGGGCAGAUCUCUGGGAAAGUAUGAGCCACUGAAUCAAUAAUCUGCCAGUGGACAGGAGUCAGCAGCAAGUUAUUAAUUCCUUCCUGUGCCUUUCCUGUAGUCAAUCAUUCUGUAAUGAAAGCUGUUUGGUAAUGUGGCCAACUCUGUUGCAUAGAAUACAUCUGUGAAUAUGAGGAAAGCAUCUUUUCACCUAUAGGGCACAUAACAUUUGAAAUGUGACCUUCCUUUCUGGGAUGGUUGAAAGACUCAGCAUCUGUGCCUGCCUGCCUAUUUAAUUUUCUCGGGGUGGGAUGCUCAGAUAUGUAGUGGUUCCAGGGCCAUGUUCUCUUUCCUGUGGAAACAUGCUGGCUUGUGAUCCUUUUCCCAUGCUUCUUUUUCAUGGAUAUUUUUCUCUUUCAAUAAAAUGAAGAACAAGCUU